CUCAUUUAAAAAAAUGAGCACACCUUAUCCACAUGAAAUUCUAGUUGUCGUUGUUACUAACUCAAUUCUGUUUCUUGAGCUGGGAUACUUUUCCUUUACUCUGUUCUUACUGCAGUGAAAUAUAGUUGCCUGCUGUUUAAGGAAGCUUUGGUAGAGUGCACCCAGAAGAGGUUUGUUUCUAUAUUUAGAAAACCAUAGGGUUUAUGAAGCAGUUGCAUAUUCCUUUGGGAUAAAAUGGUUUCUAUAAAUGUAAUAUUUUUAAUGAAACUAUUAUUAUUCCCCAUUAGAGAAAUAGAGCAGCUAAUAUAUGUGGGUUUGUGGGCACAGCAUAGAUGCAAACAUAUUUUCUUAAGAGCUAAGGGUAUUUUAAAUAAUUACAAUUAAUCAUGUGUAUUCUAUUUUUAUGUUCUUAAUCUUAAAUUGCAGAGCUUUUACCCAAGUAUUUACCUUUGGCCCAACAUUCCGAGCUGAGAAUUCUCAGAGCCGGAGACACUUGGCUGAAUUUUAUAUGGUUGAAGCAGAGAUUUCUUUUGUUGAAAGCCUUCAGGAUCUCAUGCAGGUUAUGGAGGAACUCUUCAAGGCUGCCACUGAGAUGGUUCUCUCAAAUUGUCCUGAAGAUGUUGAACUGUGCCACAAAUUCAUAGCUCCUGGCCAAAAGGACAGACUAGAACAUAUGCUAAAAAAUAACUUCCUAAUCAUGUCUUAUACGGAGGCGGUUGAGAUCUUAAAGCAAGCAUCCCAGAAUUUCACCUUUACCCCCAAGUGGGGUGUUGAUCUGCAAACUGAACAUGAGAAGUACCUGGUGAAACACUGUGGCAACAUACCAGUCUUUGUCAUUAACUAUCCGUUAGCUCUCAAGCCUUUCUACAUGCGGGAUAAUGAAGAUGGUCCUCAGCACACAAUCUGGACUUACGAAAGCCUACCAGUGAAGAGGACUCACAUGCCACAGCAAGAAUGUGGGAGUCAAAGGACAGCCCUUGGGAGUUGGUUCUCUCCCUCUACCAUGUGCGUCCCAGGGUAGAACUCAGGACAACAGGCUUAACUACACGCAACUGUACCAGCUGAGUCAUCUCUCCAGCUCCUAGACUAGUUUUCUAACUAAACCUUUAAUGCACAUAGGAUCUUCAAAUAGAAAUAUUUAUGACUUGAAUCCUCUUCAGGAGUAGGCAUAGCAUGUAAAGGUGAAAGGAGCUUAGAAAGUUUUGCACCCAGGAUCUCUAUGAAAGUUCCUCU